UCGAAUCUUCUUUCUAAACCCCUUUGUAUCUUUCCCAAGCUCCCUGGAACCUCCCUCAACCGUUUCACAAUGCGCCGCCAUGGAAGGGCCAGCGGAGGUUCGACUAAAGCCGUCACUCCUAUCUCCGAAACCGCAUCCCUGCUACAUUCGUUCGACUCGGUGAUUAACCCCAAUCGUCCUGUACGUCCGUCGCCAUUGACCUCGUCCAACAUCCGAGCUUUGCCGCUAGACCUCAUCGACCGAUUGCGCUCCUUUCCUCUCUUUCAAUCCACCCCAGAAUCGUUCCUGAUCGAUGUCGGCCAGCAUCUCCGCCCCCAGCUCCAGCAAGCCAAUGACUACAUCCUGACAGAAGGCGACGAAGCCAAGGCUAUCUACUGGUUGGUCCGCGGUGCGGUCUCGGUGACUUCUCGCGAUGGCGAGAGCGUGUAUGCCGAGCUCGAAGCAGGUGCAUUCUUCGGUGAGAUUGGCGUGUUGAUGGAUCGCCCACGGACGGCGACCAUUGUCGCCCGCACGAGAUGCUUGCUGGUCGUACUGACCAAGGAGGAUUUCCGACAAAUCCUCCCCCGCUUUCCGGAUGUCGAGCGGGCCAUUAGGGAUGAAGCACAGGAGAGAUUGAUGAUUUUGGAGAAAAAGAAGAAGGAAACAUCCGCGCCAGUGGUCGAGCCCGGAAGUCCGGCUAGAAGAGGCUCGAAAAGAGUGAGAGACACGUUUUCUGGAGACCUCAGUCUCAGCGAGCAGGAUGGCAGGUCAUUGGCGUCCGUCAAUAAGAAGCGGAAAUCCCCCAGCCCUGGAUUGGCUGACGGAUCAUCCAGUGCGCUGGCGAAUGGACUGGUCAAUGUCCGUCUUCUUCUCAAGGAACUACCGUUGUUUGCCGGCCUGCCGCCGGAUAUCCUUCACUUCCUGGGACUCAAUGCGCAACCCCGAUCCUACCCUCCUUUCACCGACAUCAUCAAACAGGAUUCUCAAGGACGUGAGAUAUACUUCAUUGUUCGCGGCGAAGUGGAGGUUCUGUCGGAGAGGGCAGAAGCACAGCAAACACAGUCCCUACCGAAGACCAUCGAACACCCGGGCUUCGAAGUGAAAGCACGGCUGAAACAAGGCCAGUAUUUUGGAGAGGUAGUAAGCCUGUCGUUAGCACCUCGAAGAACCGCUACUGUGCGGUCUAUUAGUGCGGUAGAAUGUUUGAUGAUCAGCGGUGAGGUGUUGGCUGAGUUCUGGGAGAGAUGUCCCCAGAAGGUCCGUCAGCAAGUCGAGCAAACCGCUAAAGAGCGGCUCCAGUCAGCCUCUGAUGGCGAUGUUGUGAUGUCAGAUGAUGCGGGCGCUGAGCCUUACGGUAACCAUAUGGAGGUCGAUGAUAACUUCAAAUUAAGGGCUUCUCGGAGGCAGUCUAUGCCGCUUCUAACACUGACAGAGACAGAGUUGGAUAGCACGCCAAGACCCAAUGGUGUAGAUGAGCAGGCUCUCUUACGCCCAUCAGAUCCAGAUCCAUUUCUUAACAUCGGCUUGGACAAAGUUCGCCUUCGAAGUCGACGCGGGUCUGUUGCCCCGAUGACCCCGGAGGAAGCCUCCGGAGAGCAACAGCGGCCAUCAACUCCAUCCUCUGAGCCACGGUCCACGAGUUCCUCCUUUCUCACGUUACCUGGAGCCCAUAGACUUUCCACGUCCCAGGAAAGCACCCGUGCACCCCGCCAGGAUAACCACGGUGUGCUUCCGGAUAAUGUCCUCACAAAAGUCUUUCGGCAUAUGGCGCUCCAUGACCUUCUACGCCUCCGCGCUGUCUCGAUGCACUGGUCUGAGCUCCUGAGUACAUCCAGUGAGCUGCUCCAUAAUCUUGACUUGAGCGUAUAUAAUCGGUGCAUCACGGAUGACGUCCUGGCGAAAAUCAUUUGCCCGUUUGUCGGCAGCAGACCUCGCUUCGUCAACAUUAGCAAUUGUUUUCAUAUCACGGAUGAGGGGUUCAGCAAGCUGGUUGCUGUAUGUGGUUCCAACGUUACUGGCUGGAAGAUGAAGAGCGUGUGGGACGUAACGGGAUCGGCCAUCCUUGACAUGGCCAGUAAAGCAAAAGGCUUACAGGAGGUUGAUCUUAGCAACUGUCGAAAGGUCGGCGACACAUUAUUGGCGCGGAUUGUCGGCUGGGUUGUACCCGGUCAACAUAAGCCCAGCGAGGAGCCUGCGAAGUCCGGAAAAGCGUCCUUAAAACCCACCAUGCAAACUGCAGCCGGGACUGUGUACGGCUGUCCCGAACUCAAGAAGUUAACCUUAUCCUACUGCAAGCAUGUUACCGAUCGUUCGAUGCAUCAUAUUGCGUCGCAUGCUGCCUCCAGAAUCGAGGAAAUGGACCUCACCCGCUGCACGACCAUCACCGAUCAAGGGUUUCAGUAUUGGGGAAACGCACAAUUUACCAACCUGAGGAGGCUGUGUCUAGCAGACUGUACAUAUCUGACCGACAAUGCUAUUGUCUAUCUAACGAAUGCCGCCAAACAACUUCAGGAACUGGAUUUGUCUUUCUGCUGUGCCCUUUCAGACACUGCGACAGAAGUACUCGCCCUACAAUGCUCCAACCUGACCUACCUCAACAUGUCAUUUUGCGGCUCUGCUAUAUCUGACCCUUCGUUGCGGAGUAUUGGACUCCAUCUCUUGCAUCUCAAGCGUCUGUCAGUUCGUGGCUGUGUCCGAGUCACUGGUGCUGGCGUUGAGGCUGUGGCAGAGGGCUGCGAUAAAUUAGAGUCCUUCGAUGUCAGCCAAUGCAAGAAUCUCACGCCAUGGCUCGAAGCUGGAAGCUCUUCCAAAUACGCAAGGCGAAUCAGCUUCGAAACCGUUGCUGUAAACGGGAAAGUCUUCCGGUGAGCCUCUGCGGCGUCGGCAGCUUCAAGCCGCGGCAUGGGGAUUUCAUCGCCACAAGACGAUGGCUUUCCAGACAGAUGUCGACGCUGAAGCAGUCAUUGUCCUUAGAUCUCAGAAUCGGAGCAUUUAUUGUUUGAUAUAGGCCGUCCGCAUUGACUGUGUGACAUACUUUUUGCCCGUUUCCUCAUGGCUAUAUAAGAGGCUAUAUCUCGGACCUCCAUUUCCUCCCCCCUCUAUAUUAUACUCUCGCUUGGGUCAUGGAGUUUGGUUCUCCCCAUAUGUCUUUCAGGUUCACGACUCAAAUAGUCGUGAUGGAUUUUGGUUGCAUUGCAUGAACUUGUGAAAUGAUAUUACAACUCUAGGUCGGCUCUUCUGGCGAAUUAUGUCCUUACUUGGGUGGGAUAGGGGUGGUUUUUUUUUUUUUUUUUUUUAUUUU